AUGCCUCCUAAGCCAGAAACUAAACCCGAUGAAAACCCUCCACCUCAAGAUCAUCUUCAAGCUUUACUCCACCUAACCACCGCCACUAAUACCCGCCUGGAUGUCCUCACAACGAACAUGACAAACCUUGUCUUCCAAGCAGAAAACUAUUUCACAUACUACAACAUCCCACCAAAUCAACGCCUUGCUCUUGCUGUCUUCUAUUUCACAGGUGAUGCACUUAGUUGGUACACGCAUAUGUCCACCAAUCACCUCUUGGGCACCUGGCCUGAGUUCACCCAAGCACUUGAAACGCGUUUUGGACCCUCCACCUAUGAAAAUCAUCGGGCAACACUUUUCAAACUCCGCCAAACAUCUACAGUGGCUGCCUAUCAAUCUGAGUUCGAAAAAACUAGCAAUUGUGUCGUUGGCUUACCAACUGAAGCUUUGCGAGACUGUUUUAUCUCCGGACUCCGUGAGGACAUACAGUCAGAAAUUGCCAUCCAAAACCCACUCAACCUCCACCAAACCUACGGACUCGCCAAGCUCAUUGAAGAAAAAUUCAGCAAGUCUCGCCCUCGCCCUACCUAUACACCCCGAUCCCUCACCUAUAAUAACACUCAACAAAUAACACCCAUCAGUACAACAAAUCAGAUCACCACCCAACCACCACUCUUAUCGACACCACCUAAACCCAAACCCACCAUACCGUUCACUCGCCUUUCACCGGAAGCCCUCCAAAAAAGACGCGUUGAAGGCCUCUGCUUCCGUUGCCCGGAGAAAUUCCGACUGGGACACAUUUGCAAUCCGCCCCAGUUCUUCCUAAUAGCUGAUAAUGAGGACACAUCAGAUGCCACUCAACUCACCAUGGAUGUCGAGACCACAACGAACGACACCAUCACAGAUACGAUCACAGACCAGACUCCACAUUUCUUGUCUUUAUCCGAGGCCGCCUUCUUUGGAUUACAAUCACCCAGAACACUUCGCGUUACUGGUCACAUCAACGGACACCCGGUCACAACACUCAUAGAUUGUGGCAGCACCUACAAUAUUAUACAGCCUCGCCUCGUAUCCCUACUCAAAACCACACCAGCAACAAUCACGCCCUUCCCUGUAAUGGUCGGAAAUGGCCAACACCUAGAGUGUAAUAGCUUUUUCCCAAAUGUGCCGCUAGAACUCAAUAAGACUACCUUCUCAGUUCCUUUAUUUGUCCUCCCUGUUGAAGGAGCAGACGUCAUAUUGGGUGUCACUUGGCUUAGUACAUUGGGACCACUGGUCGCAGACUUCUCCAUUCCCCAACUCUCAUUCACCAUCAACAAUCACCCAUGCAUCCUACGUGGUGAACCUCUUACAUCACCCGUGUCACCUAGCUCCCUACACACUCUGAUUCGCAAAAAUUCAGUUGCUUCAUUUCAUACUCUCAUCUGUCACCAUCAACCACCAGCAACCAUUCAUCCAAACCGACAACCACAUCCUAACACCACCAUCGAAGCCUUACUACACCAAUACCAAAAACUCUUCGACCCACCUCACGAGUUGCCACCCACACGUCAACAUGAUCACCAUAUUCCAUUAUUCCCAAACACCAAACCUAUUAACGUCAAACCAUACCGUUACCCACAUUACCAAAAAGAAAUUAUGACCAACCUCAUAUCUGACAUGCUUGAUAGUGGCGUAAUUCAACCAAGCCAAAGCCCAUACUCUUCACCAAUCCUACUAGUUCAAAAAAAAGAUGGAACAUGGCGUUUCUGUGUCGAUAUCGGGCACUCAAUGCAGUCACAGUCCGGCUACCAUCAAAUCCGUGUCUCUCCAGCAGAUAUACACAAAACGGCAUUUCGCACAAUUGACGGUCACUAUGAAUUUCGCGUUAUGCCAUUCGGCCUAACAAACGCCCCAUCAACAUUUCAAGCAGCCAUGAAUGAUCUCUUUCGUGUCGUCUUACGUAAGUUUGUCCUAGUUUUUUUCGAUGACAUAUUGGUGUAUAGCCCUUCCAUGGAUAAACACUGUGAACAUCUACAGUUUGUCUUUCAUACACUGUUGACCAACAAGUACCACGCCAAAGAAUCCAAAUGUGUGUUUUGCCACCAUUGA